AUGCACGUUGGCAUCGUCGGUGCCGGGCUUGGCGGCCUGACCGCUGCGAUUGCCAUUGCCAGAGGUGGCGCUCGCGUUACUGUAUUAGAAGCGACAGAGCAGCUUUCUGAGAUCGGCGCUGGCAUUCAGAUUUUUGGAAAUGUCUCUCGUUUUCUCGUGCGAUGGGGCGUCGAUAAGAUCAUCGGCAAUAAUCUGGUUCGACCAGUGGAGUGUAAUACCUGGAGCCACGACGGUGAAAGCAAAUUGAUCGGCCACCUUGAUAUGGAACGAAUGGAAAAGGAGCAAGGGUUUCCAUGGUGGGUUGUGCGUCGGGACCACCUGCAUGCUGGUCUCACAGAAUCGGCUCGACAGCACGGCGUUGAAUUGAUUCUCGGUGCUCGCGUCACUAGUGUGAAGCAUGACGCGCGUGGCGCCCAGGUCAGGUGCAGCAACGGCAAACAAUACGAGUUCGACCUGCUGGUUGGUGCAGACGGAGUGAAGUCUACCGUUCGUGAAAGUCUAUUCCCCGAACUAGUCCCGCGUGCCAUUUCGAAAAUUGCGGCGUAUAGGGCCGUUCUUGAUUACGAAGAUGUUUACGCGCAGAUUCCUGAGGCGCGAUCAGUUCUGCGAAACACAGUUGAUGCCUAUCUCGGUCCUAACGGCUAUGUCUUGCUAUAUCCUCUUUCUGGUGGGAGGGAAUUGAACAUCGUCACCGCCUUUGCAACGGAGCAUACUGUGUCAACUGUUGAGGAUGUUGACAUCAACGAGUUUCGAGACUAUUACAAAGACUUUCCACAUUUCUUGCGUAAAGUUCUGAAGUUGAUGAAUGCAACAAAACGCUGGCCAUUGCUUGUGCUGCCGCCGACGAAGGCAUGGUCAAAUGAACAUAAGAAUGUUGUCCUACUAGGGGAUGCUAUUCAUAGCAUGCAGAACCACAUGGCACAAGGUGCUGCCACUGCCAUGGAAGAUGGUGUCUUCCUUGGGAGAGUCAUUAGUGAGGUCCUUCGCGGCGUCAUAAGCACUCGUGAAGCUAUUCAUCUCUAUGAGAAACAGCGAAUCCCUCGAGUCUGGAUUAAACAACAAGCUUCAUUUGUGAAUGGACAAAUGAGCACUGUUACUGGGACUGAACAACUGAAACGCAACAGUGCAUCAGCACUCGAAGUUGCAGCAUACGACCAGAAUCCACUACAGCCAAAGGUAUUGCCUGCCACCUACAGGCGAUGGCAGCUCUUUUCGAGCGCAGAGUCUGUGCCUGGGAUUCUUGCAUACGAUGCAGAGGCUGAUGCAGACUUUGCGGUUUGUGAGUAUCUGCAAAACAAUGGAGAGGUGGAUCCGCACACAAUGGUUGUGAAAUCAUUGCGCGACAAGUGGUGGAAUACGAUGUUUAACAAUGGAGCUGAACGAAGCGUUUUGUAG